AUGGGCAUCCUGGAAGACCAGCCUACCAGGAGAUGCCAGGGAAUGGGGGUGCCAGGAUCCAGAGCACACAGGGGCGCCCAGAGGCUGCCCAGGAAUGGCCCCACCACGGUCCUGCUCUUCCUCCCAGACGUCCUCGUGCUGCUGAUGACCGACGUCCUCAUCUUCCUGCAAGAGAAGGACCAGAAAUACACCUUCCCCAUGCUGAAGCCGGCCGUGAUCUCCCUGCAAAACCUCAUCGUGCGCGACAUCGCCAACCAGGAGAAGGGCAUGUUCCUCAUCAGCGCCGCGCCGCCCGAGAUGUACGAGGUGCACGCGGCCUCCCGCGACGACCGCAACAACUGGAUGAAGGUCAUCCAGCAGACGGUCAGCCUCUGCCCCAGCCGCCAAGACUUCCCCCUGAUCGAGACGGAGAUCGAGGCCUCCCUGCGCAAGCUGAAAGGCAGCACCGCUCUGCACUUGGCCACCAUCGCCUGCCAGCCCCAGUGCGUCAAGGUCCUGCUGCAGAUCCAGAGGCUCCUGGCGCAGACGGAGCAGCUCUCGGCGGAGGUGCUGGCGCUGCGGGGCGAGCGCACCCGGCUGCGCCUGCGCCUGCAGGUGGGGGCCCGGCGCCCCCGCUCCGGCAUCGCCCCCGGUGCCCUCAUCGCUCCGGUGUCCCCCUGUCGGCAUCGCUCCCGUGUCCCUCCCUCCGGCAUCACUCUGGUGCAGCACAAAACCCACCGCGACGUCGUUGCCGUCUACCGGACCCACCUGCUCCAGGCGGCCCAGGGCUUCAUGGACGAGGCGGUGCACGCGGUGCUGCUGCAGAUCCUGCGCGCGGGGCAGGCCUGA